AGCCCCCCUGCUUAGCAAACACUCCCGUCUUCUGUCGUUCCCUCUUUAACAGGAGUGAGUCCAGUGCGGGGGCCUUUACAUGUGGGACAGGAACUGGAAGGGAGACAAACCAACUCUUUCCAGCUGUUGCUGCUGCUUGGCUGAAAGCUUUCAGGGGACUCCGUCUGAAAAUUAAAGGUGCAGAGCAUGCUGGGACUGCAGUGAGCCACCAUGGACCCAGAGGAGCUGGAGCUGCAGAGUGACCCUCAGUACCGCGUCUACCGGGCCGCCAUCGAGAAGGCUCUGCGCAGCUUUGAGUCCUCCAGCGAGUGGGCCGACCUCAUCUCUUCCCUGGACAAGCUGACCAAGGCCCUGCAGAUAAAUCUGAAAUACUCCCUGCUGCCGAAGAGGCUGAUCAUCUGCAAGCGUCUGUCUCAGUGCCUGCACCCUGCCCUGCCCAGCGGGGUGCACCUCAAGGCCCUGGAGACCUAUGAGGUCAUCUUCAAGAUCAUCGGAACCAAAUGGCUCGCCAAGGACCUCUUCAUAUACAGCUCGGGGCUGUUCCCGCUCCUGGGUCACGCCGCCAUGGCGGUGCGGCCGGUCCUGCUGAAGCUGUACGAGCGCUACUUCCUGCCCCUGCAGCGCGCCCUGCUGCCCAGCCUGCAGGCCUUCAUCAUGGGCCUCCUGCCCGGCCUGGAGGAGGGUCUGGAGGUCUACGACAGGACUGACGCUCUGAUGGUGAAGCUGUCCCUGCUGGUGGGGCAGCACCUGUUCUACAGAGCCCUGUGGAGCAGCGUGCUGACCAGCCCCCUGCUGCGCCUCCCCGCCACCUCCUUCAUCGUCUCUCACUUCGACCGCAUGGGCUCCGGCCACGAGCAGCGCUACAUGCUGGGCUCCAACCCCGCGCUGGCGAUACAGGCCAUUUAUCUGGCUCUGCAGGACUCGAAUGUGCUGGUGCAGAGAAACACGCUGGAGAUCCUGCUCUUCUUCUUCCCCCUCCCCUCCUGUCAGGAUCCAGCAGAGGCCUGCGUUCCCAUCACUCAGGACGACGUGGUCAGCAUCAUGUCUGCGGCUUCCCUCACUCUGCUUCGGAGAGACCUGUCACUCAACAGGAGGAUGUAUGCCUGGAUCCUAGGUACAGACUGUAAGGGGGGCAUGGUGGCACCAGACCCCAACAUGUCCACCACACUGGAGAGCCACGGCACCUUCUACUUUGAUAAAUACUCCAGAGACUUACUCAUACAGGCUCUGGUAAACCUCUUGGAGCAGAAGAUGUUAACAGAUGCAGAGAGCGUGCUGGACUACCUAAGACCUCUUCGGAUUAUCAUCAUCCUGCUGGAUAAACCUGAGAUAGGUACUCAGGUGGCAGGUGAGCUGAUGUUGGAGGUGAUCAGGGCGCUGUACAGGUGCUGUAGAGGGCCAGCGAGCAGGGACCAGGGGACCAGAGAGAGCAGGAACAUGGCCGAGCUCCUGAAGACCAUGAACGUGCUCAUCAGCUCUCUGGGCACGGAGUACCUGUGGGACUACAUGAGCACGCAGUUUCACACCUGUCUCAGCGCGGGUAACUCAGGAGACCAGACCCCCGCACACGCAGACAGGAGGUCCCCGCCCCCCAGGGCCGGCCCCUCCCUCUCUGAGCUCUCUCUGCUCAUCAGCUUCCUGCUGGACGUCGUCCCUGUGGACCUGUACUCUGAGAUCCAGACCCACUACUUACCUCAGAUGCUGGUCAGAAUGCUGCGUGCCCUGCAGGGUCACAUGACCAGACUGAGCCUAUCAGAGCUGACCCAGGGCCUAAACGCCUGCCUGAAGGUGUUGACCAGGAUCCAGACACCAGGAGCCUGCUCAGGCCCUAUCAAAGAGCCCCAGACCCAGGGGGAGAAAGAGAGCCUGGCCAAGGGUGCCAGGGAGGGGCAGGAGGAGGAAGAGGAAGAGGAAGAGGAACAAGACAAGAAAGAGGAAGAGGAAAAGGAAGAGGCAGAGGAAGAGGAGGAGGCCGAGGAAGAGGAGGAGGACAAGAAAGAGGAGGAGAAAAAGGAAGGGGACCAGGAAAAGGAGGAGGACGAGGAGGAAGAGGACCAGGCUGAUGAGGAGGCGCUGGAGACAGCCGAGCUGACGGGAGAGAAAGAGCAGAAGGAGCAGGAACAGGGGCAGGGGCAGGGGUCCAGACCGAACAGGGAGGACGUGUGGAGGCGGGAUGGCAGCAUGGAGAACAUGGCCAAAUGUGUGGAGGGCAUCCUGGCCUCCUUCAUAGCCAGUACUCCAGCCGUUCACUCUUUCUGUCUGCCCCUGUCCGCCAGGCACCUCCUGGAUGUGGUGGGGGAGGAGCAGGACCCCGGGGAGGCUGGGAAUGCGGAGCCCCCCCCGGGCGAGGCGGAGAGCCAGGAGCCCCCGCUGGAUCCACAGCCCAGCGAGGCGGCGCCCGGGGGCCCUGACAAACAUACACAGCAGGAUGUGGACGGCCCCUCAGGCGCCCGGGAGGGAGGGGGGGCGGGACGGCUGGACUGGGGGGAGCGGCUGAGGGCCCGGGAUGGGGGGGGCAUUUCGGAGGCCUGCUGCCAGGCGUUUUCCACCACAUGUCACCUCCUGCUGGAGUGCACCACCUUCCCCCUGUACCUGUCAGAGGAGGAGAUGGAGGCCCUGUGCACCUGCACAGUCCGCGGCACAGGCAAAAUUGAGGACACCCUCCCCCUGUGGCUGAUGUCCUUGAUGAUGUGCUGUCUGUUGAAGGACCACCAUAUCCAGCAUGUGGCCAUCUCCACCAUGCUGGAGCUAAUCGACCGCUCCCAGUCCUUACUCCUGGUCAUAGAAGACAGGAACCGGCGCUACAAGAGCUCAGGCAACAACCCCCUGAGCGGUCAGCUGCACAUGGUCACUGCCCCCCGCCUUAGUCCCACCGUCCUCACGGUCAUCGCACAGAGCACCGAUUUCUACCAGCGCGUGGCGCAGGUGCUGUGGGGCCAGCUGGAUUCGGAGCAGAGGGAGCUGCACGUGCCCAGUGUGGAGCUCUUCUAUCGCCUGCACUGCCUGGCCCCGUCCGCCUCCAUCUGCGAGAACAUCAUCUGCCAAGAGCUAGCGCACAAAGACAAGACUGUUCGCCUGGAAGCCCUCCGCAGGUUUUCAGUUUUAUGGCAUUUGACACGGGAGAUCCAGACCAGUGUGACCAUGUUGCUGAACCGCUCGUUUGAUAGAUCGUUGUUCAUGGUUCUGGAAAACCUGAACAAUCCAGACGGGGCCAUUAGUGCCACGGCACAGAGCUGGCUGAUCCGCGCUCUUUCCCUCGACGACGUGACCCGAAUCCUGGAACCGGUUCUGCUCCUCCUGCUCCACCCCAGAACCCAGUGCUCUUCCAUUCAAUGGGUCAAACAGAACCUAACCGUGGACAAUCUGCAGCAGCUGAGCUGUAGAGAGUGGGAUUUCUCUGGGGAUUCUGGGAGGUCAGCUGAUGCCAUGGCAACUGAUGUCCAAUCAGAAGAGAGCCCGCUGAGCCAUCUGAUGCCAGUGGACCGUGCAGCGCUGUGGGCCGAGCUGGAGAGUGUUCCUGAGACCGCCAAGACGGCGACAGAGUCCCCUGAGGACAGGCUCAAGGGGAAGGGGGAAGAGGAGGAGGAGCUGCUGGACUGUGACGUCAGCGGAGACGAGACCCCGGACUCCGCCCCCACCCUGGGCUCUGAGGAGGAGGACCUGGAGCAGGAGCCCAUGGCGCACCUGCGCCUCCUCCGGGAGGAGAAGGAGAAGCAGGAGGCGCUGGAGUCGCUGUUCCGACACACCCUGCUGUACCUGCAGCCGCACGACUCCGCCCCCGUGUGCCGCGCCCUGUCAUUGGUGGAGCUGCUGCUGCGCUCCUGCCCCGCCCCCUUCCUGCAGGCCCUGUGCUCCGCCCACGUCCGGCCCGACUCCGCCCACCACCGCCUCGUGCACACCCUGACGGAGCGGCACCUGGCGGCGCAGGAGGGGCGGAGCUUCUACGGCCCCCUGUCGGCCCCGCCCGCCCGGCCCCGCCCCGUGCUCCUGGUGGAGCUUCUCAGCCGCCUGUGCCUGCAGUUCCUGCGCUCCUUCUACCCCUCCUACCUGCGCGUGGACGCCGCCCAGCUCUCCCACAACCGCCAGCUGCAGGUGAAGAGCGCCCAGCUGCUGGCCCUGCUCAUGGGCGAGCUGGCGGGCGUGGCCGGGGGGCGGGAGCUGGUGUGGGGGCUGCUCUCGGGCUGCAGGGUCCAGCGGCACACCCUGCUGGCACUCUGCGCCUCCAUGCACGUCACGCAGAGGCCCGAGGGGGCGGGGCUAUGCGGGGAGGGCCUGCUGGAGGAGGGGGGCGGGGUGUCGGAGGAGAACCUGAUCCUCCGGGGCGGGGCGCGGGGCUGGAGCGAGCGGGCCCUGCAGGUGGAGCUGCUCAGGCUGCUGCAGGUGCUCACGCUGCUGGAGAAGCAGGUGUGGCCGGGCGGGGGCGGGGCCGGGGCCCCGGGCGGGGCGGGGGCCGGGUCCCCGCUGGGCCGGGAGUGGCAGGAGGCGGUGCUGUUCCAGCAGUCCGCGCGCUCGCUGCAGUACGUGCAGACGCGCCCCCUCCCUGCCCAGGCCAUGUUUGUGUCGGCCGCCGCCCGCGCCCUACAGCCCUGCUACGGCUACGCCCUGCACGCCCACUGGGUGGCGCUCGUCUGCGCCUGCCUGCCCUACCUGGGGCCCUCGCUGGCCGCUAUCUCCGCCCCCUUCAGCGCCCAGGUCUGCAGGAACCUGGACGAGCUGGUCCAAGAACACCAGAGUCCACCUGAGACUGUCAGGUAUACUGCCACUCAUAACGCUACUUACACACUUUUGAAGAAGGAGAACAUGGCCCCUGAUUACCCUCUGACCCUGCUGGAGGGCCUGGCCACCAUCACUCACUACUGCCUCCUGCAUACCAGGAAGUCCCCCGCGGCGCCCAGCCCGGCAGAUGUUCAGGACGCUCGCGACGCUCUGCUGAGCGAGCUGCCGCGGAUGCUGGUCACCAUGGUGAUGCUGUGGGGAGUCGUCCAGAGGGAGGAGGCGCAGAGGAGCGCCCCGGACUCCUUCAGCCCGGACUGCGCCCCCGGCCGCAGCAGGACCUCCCCCACUUCUGUCUACUUCAGGAGCUUCAAGAUCCUGAGGCAGAAAGUUCUGGAGUUCCUGAACCCCCUCGUGGCACAGUUUGGGGUUCAGAUCAUGGCGUCGGUGGGUACCGUGUGGGGCGAACCAAGAAGCAUGGGUGGCCACGACCAAAACAAGAUUUUGCCGGUUGCCGAUGGGUUCCAUCAGACCGUAGUGGAGCUGAUCAAGUCUCUGAGCAUGCUCGGCACAAACACCAUCCUGCAGCUGAUCAAAGAGGUGCUCAGAAUGAAACCUCACCAGACCAAAGGAGACCAGAACUUCACCCAGGCCCUUCCCAUGUUGCACUUCACCUAUACCUUCAUCCAGGGUGUUCCUGCAGAGUCCCUCCAGGAUAGCAUCUCUCCCCUUCUGAGCCUCCUGAAGGAGUCCGUGCAGCUGAGUCUGCCCCCGCUGGGGUACUUCCUCCUGCUGGGGAUCCUAAAUGACUUCGUAAUCAGGUGUCCCAAUCUGGACAACAAGAAGGACAGCAGAGAUGUGCAGGAGGUGACGCAGCGGGUCCUGGAGGUGGUGGGCGGCGUGGCGGGAUCCUCCCUGCAGCAGACCAGCUGGCUCAGCCGCACCCUGCAGGUCCGAGUGCAGCCGCAGAGCCUGGAACGCGCCCACCCUUACGACUCCGAGUCUCUGGCUGAAGCCACAGCAGCUUCCUACAGCAUCCAGGCUCUCGCCCUAUUGGCUGAGGUGCUGGCUCCUCUCCUGGAUGUGGUGUUCCGCAGUGAUGAGAAGGAGAAAGCUCUUCCACUCAUCUCCCGCCUCCUGGAAUACGUGUUUCCAUACCUGAAGAACCACAGUGCCUAUAAUGUCCCCAGUUUCUGCGCCAGCGCGCGGCUGCUACAGGGCCUGAGCGAGUACGCCUACACCAAACGCGCCUGGAAGAGGGAAGCCUUCGACCUGUUCAUGGGCCCCCACUUCUUCCGCAUGGACCCCUCCUGCGUUGCCCACUGGAAAUCCAUUAUUGAUCACCUGCUGACCUAUGAGAAGACCCUGUUCAAGGACCUGACGAGCAUGCAGAGCAGUGCGCUGAAGCUCUCUCCAAACUACGAGCAGAAAGCCAUGCUGCUGAAGCGACAGGCCUUUGCCAUGAUCAGCGGAGAGCUGGACCAGUACUGCCUCUACCUGCCACUCAUCCAAGAGCGUGUGACAGAGAGUUUGCGUGUGGGACAGGCUCCUUCAGUGAUGGCACAGAUCUUCCUCCUGUUUCGGGUGCUUCUGCUCCGGGUCUCCCCCCAGCACCUCACCUCCCUGUGGCCUGUCAUGGUCACCGAGCUGAUCCAUGUGUUUGCUAAGCUGGAGAAAUCGUUGCUGGAAGGCCAAGAUGUUUCGAGGAACCCCAGUAAGGGACGAGGGGCACAGGGCACGCGAGAGAGGAACGGACCAGCAUUCCUCUUCUCCCGCAGCGAGCUGGAAAUGUACCUUUCGGCCUGCAAGUUUCUGGACGCUACAUUGUGCUUCCCCCCGGAGAGAAUCCCCCUUUUCCAGAUGUAUCGCUGGGCCUUUGUUCCUGAGGUGGAUGUGGACAGCUACAGCGGCCCAGAGAACAGCAUCAUGGAGGGAGAGGAGGACUGCCAGCCUCAUGUGGUCCGGCUGCUGGACGGACUACGCUCCAGAUACAAGGAACUGAAUGGCACAGGUGAGCGUACCUGCUCAGACCGCCUGGACCUCCCGCUCCUCCCCCAGAGCUCCAUCACCAGCCUUACCCAACUCGAGCCCUUCUUCCGGGCCCUUAGCUCCUCCCCCAAGGGGCCCCAGUCCAUGGCUGACUAUGUGACCCCCAACAGCAGUAAAAUCUUGAGCAAAUUGGAAGAGAUCCUCCAGAGCGAUUUCCUGGAGAACAUGGACAGCUAGAACCAGGACCCGAGCAGGAACCCUGGAACAGUGCAGAAUGAAAGUGCCCUGUUGGUCUGUCACUGGAAUGUAUAUCUCAGAGCUGCUGGUAGAAUCUGCUGUUUGUUAAUAGUUGACCGUCGUCCAUAUGCAAGCUUGUCUUUGAGCCUAAUGGAGCUUUCAGACUCACUCCAGCCUUAACCUCAAAUACCAGCAAGGACAGAUCAGGGUGUUGUACUGUAUUAUACUCAUGAGCUCAUAUGGUGAAAAUGCUUGAAGUACAUUAAGAGAAUCUCACUGUCAGAGAGUUGAAGGAUGUAAAAAUUCCUUCUCUGUUGAGCCAACAUAUUAAUAGUAACGUAGGGUGCAGUUUGCUGAAUGUACCAAUCUGCUGUGCUUUCUUCUCGCAGCAGACAUGGAAUCCACAGUUGCAUCUGCAGUUCUCCAGAUAUCAUUUCAAGUAUCAGAUAAAAUUAUUUAUGUCUGGCGGGUGACUAUAGUCAGAUGUUUAUAUUUAUGUUUAUAUUUCUCAUAUAACAAACAUAAAUUAUGUUUUUCCCUGUCUAAUUUAACAAACUAUGUCUUCAUACUUUUGACACAUCAUGAUAAAUGCAAUCAUUUGCUGUUCAAAUUUCAAUCAGUAAAUUAUUACUUGUAA